AUGUUUAAAACUCAAUUUUACGGCGGUAAAAUAAACUUGCUUUACUCGGACACUGAUUUUAAACGUGUGAAUAAUCUUUUCAGUGCACAAAUAGGUUUUAUGACAUUUAUGGGACAGAUUCCAUUUAAACUUGAAAAAUAUUUACCCAAAUCCUUAUAUACUUUCGGCUGGUUACUCGCUCGGUUCUACUGCGCGUUUGUGGUAUUGCAAACUUUACAUCUUGCUCUGCUCUUUAUUAAAACUACUAUUGAUAUGUUGCUCUAUGGCAAACUGGAGGAGAUAACCGAUUCACUUACGAUGGCUAUUAUAUAUUCUUUUUCAUGCUUUGCUACAUGCUAUUGGCAAUGGCGUUCAGUACGUUUAGUGCAAUUAUUACAAGAUAUUAACAAUAAGUAUCGUCACCAUUCAUUGGUUGGGCUUACAUUUGUAAGCGCUCGAACUGCGUAUAGGAAUGCACGUAAUGUUACCAUAUAUUGGCUGAUAGCCUGCAUUAGUGGUGUCAUGUUCUGGGGGAUGGCACCUAUUAUUUUGCAUUCACAUACUUUGCCAUUGAAGUGCUGGUAUCCCUUCGAUGCUUUGCAACCAUUUGUUUAUGAGCUGGUCUAUGCUCUACAGUUGCUUGGUCAACUUAAUAUGGGUACCACAUUUGGUAAUGGCUCCGCAUUAUUCGUAUCUAUAGUUAUUAUUAUGUUGGGUCAGUUUGAUGUGCUAUUUUGCAGUUUGAAGAACUUAGAUGUACAUGCCAGAUUAUUUGCUGGAGAGAAUAUAGUCAGCUUGCAGACACAACGCGAACAUUACUCAGAAAUCAGUGAACUAAAUCAAUACUUACAUGCUGAAGAAUUACAAACCUCGGAGGAUACUUUAACCCUGCUGAGCCAGAAGUGUAAAAGAGAGCCAAAACAAAUUAAACAAGCGCUACAGGAAGCAUUCAUUGAAUGUGUCCAUUUACAUCGAUUUAUCAUAGAGAGCUGCAAUAUGCUAGAAGAGCUCUUCAAUCCGUACUGCCUGGUAAAAUCAUUACAAAUAACUAUGCAGUUAUGCUUAUUAGUAUUUGUGGGAGUUGCUGGCGAAGGAUCUACUGUUCGGUCAAUCAAUUUGGUCCAGUAUUUGGCUUUAACAUUGUCAGAAUUGCUUAUGUUCACCUAUUGUGGAGAGUUAUUGCGAAAUCAUAGCGUGCGAUCUGGAGAUGCAUUCUGGCGUUCAGAUUGGUGGACACAUGGAAAGUAUAUACGUAAGGAAAUAGUCAUUUUCUUAAUAAAUAGUCAACGUUAUGUGCGAAUUACUGCUGGGAAAUUUUAUUUAAUGGACGUGGAACGUUUACGUUCGGUUGUUGCUCAAGCAUUUUCAUUCCUUACCUUAUUGCAAAAACUUGCCGCAAAGAAUAAUAAAUGA